AGAGACAGACGUCAGAGAGCGAGACUAUGCAGCCUGCCAUAUGAAAGUGUAUAGGGCAGUGGAUGUAAAUAAACCGCGUUUCAUACUUUCGUACUCCCACUCCCUCUUUGUCCGAUACAGACACAGGAUUUGGAUGAUGGUUGGGGGAAAAGAUACUUUGUUUUCAACUCGGGCACUCUAAAUUAAAUAAACUGCUAAAAGGCCUUCUGGAAAAAAGACACAGCAGCAGAAAAGGAAGGAGAGAUAGGGGUGAGGACCGGGAGCGCUGGAGAGCUCAUCGCCGGCUUCCGGACAUUCGGGGCGGCAUUAAAAUCGCGGACACAUCGCUGCUGGGACAAAAAAAAAACAAGUGCAAAUAUUGGGCCGUAAUAUCUGGAAGCGAUUAAAGAGCGUUGGAUUUUGUUUCUGCGAUGUCCAGGAAAGUGCAAAGAAGCGAGGUGUGCGCCGACUGCAGUGCACCAGACCCAGGCUGGAGCAGUAUAAACCGAGGGGUUCUGAUCUGUGAUGAGUGCUGUUCUGUACAUCGGAGUCUCGGCCGACACAUCUCCAUUGUUAAACACCUUCGGCACAGCGGUUGGCCUCCAUCUUUACUGCAGAUGGUACAGACUCUGGCCAGUAACGGCGCUAACUCAAUCUGGGAACACUCGCUGCUGGAUCCAGCGCAGGUACAGAGUGGGCGGAGGAAACCAAACCCUCAAGACAAAGUCCAUCCCACUAAGUCAGAGUUCAUUCGCGCCAAGUACCAGAUGUUAGCCUUCGUACACAAGCUGCCCUGCCGCGAUGAUGACGGGGUCACCACCAAGGACCUCAGCAAGCAACUGCACUCAAGUGUACGGACGGGAAGUCUAGAGACGUGUUUACGACUGCUGUCUCUGGGGGCACAAGCAAACUUCUUUCACCCGGAAAAGGGUACGACCCCUCUGCAUGUGGCAGCUAAGGCGGGGCAGGUUCUACAAGCCGAGCUGCUGGUGGUGUACGGGGCGGAUCCAGGGGCUCCGGAUAUCAAUGGCCGCACACCUAUAGAUUAUGCUCGGCAAGCAGGUCACGUGGAGCUCGCCGAGCGAUUGGUGGAGUGUCAGUAUGAGCUCACAGACAGACUGGCUUUCUACCUGUGUGGACGUCGCCCAGAUCACAAGAAUGGACAUUAUAUUAUUCCUCAGAUGGCAGACAGAGCUCGCCCUAAGUGCCCGACGCAGAGCCUGGACCUCUCUGAACUGGCCAAGGCAGCCAAGAAGAAGCUUCAGGCGUUAAAUAACCGCUUGUUCGAGGAGCUGGCUAUGGAUGUGUACGAUGAAGUGGACCGUAGAGAGAACGAUGCAGUGUGGCUGACCACUCAGAACCACAGUACGCUGGUGACGGAACGGAGCGCUGUCCCCUUUCUACCCGUCAACCCUGAAUACUCAGCAACACGCAACCAGGGACGGCAGAAAUUGGCCCGUUUUAAAGCACGUGAAUUUGCCACCCUCAUCAUCGACAUCCUUAGUGACGCCAAGCGACGGCAGCAUGGAAAAGGCCUUACAAGCCCUACAGAACUUCUGGAUCUGAGCCAGACAGAUGAUGACCAGCAUGAUUAUGACAGCGUAGCAUCAGAUGAAGACACAGACAGCGAGCUGACUGCACAGAAUAACAACAACACACAGCGCAACAACCGGGCCAAGAGCAUGGAUUCGUCAGACCUGUCAGAUGGACCCAUCACACUACAGGAGUAUCUGGAAGUGAAGAAAGCCCUGGCUUCCUCAGAAGCCAAAGUUCAACAGCUCAUGAAGGUCAACAACAACCUGAGUGAGGAGUUACGGAGGCUUCAGAAGGAGAUCACACGGAUGCAGACGGACAACAGCGUGCUGCGGGGGGCCCAGGCUGGGAUCAGGGGCUCCCUGACUGGGAGUGGUGCCCCAGGACUAUGGCCCGGCGGGGUGAGGGGGACGGGAAGCGGCAGAGGGGGAGGCGGAGACUCUGGCCUGACCGUCCCCUCCUCCGCCCCCCUCCGCCGGGACAGACAAGCUUAUUCUAUGUACGAGCCUGUGGGCAACACCCCUAGAGCUCUCACCCCAGCCCUGGACCCCCUGACCGGCCGCCUGCAGCCUCUCAGCCCCACCGUGCGAAAGGGGGCAGGACCCACCCCUUACGGAGGACCGCACCUGUCCGCCUCCACCGAAGGACGAUACAAUUCUUCAAAAUCAUUCGAGAAGUACGGGAGCGGCACAGACAGCGACUAUGACAACUCUCAAACGUACGACGCAUCUCUUGGGGUGGGCCGAAGCAGUGAGGAGGACAGCAGGGGGGACGUGGAAGAGGCUGAUGGUGAUCCCGACCCCACGCUGCCCUGCACAGAAGACGUCAUCAUGAAGACUGAGCAGGUCACCAAGAACAUUCAAGAGCUUCUGAGAGCUGCACAGGAGUUUAAACACGACAGUUUUGUCCCAUGCUCGGAGAAGAUCCACUUAGCUGUGACAGAAAUGGCCUCUCUCUUCCCAAAGAGACCUGCACUGGAUGCCGUUCGCUCCUCUUUGAAGCUGCUGGCUGCCAGCGCCUCACGUCUACAGGUCGAGUGUCGUAAAGCAGCACCCUCGGACUCUUCGACCAGCACGGUGGACUACCAGCUACUGACCCAGCAGGUCAUCCAGUGCGCUUAUGACAUCGCCAAAGCUGCCAAGCAGCUGGUGACCAUCACCACCCGGGAGAAAAAACAGUGACCCACCCAGCGCAUCGGGGCCCUCCAGGCAGGGGAUAAUAGACUAAAUGAGAGAGUGGAGAAACAGACAGCUGCGAUUGGUGGUCAAGCCAGUGGAAUGAGGGAGAAAAGGAUGUGACAAAUAAAGGUCCGAUGAACAGGAAAGUGAGAAUGGUUUAAAGAACGGUUGGUUUAAUGAUUGAGAAUUAAGAGGAGUUAUGGGAACAGACAGCGAGAGAGGUCCAUGCAGCUGUGGCCACCAAGACGCAGAGAUGUUUGGAAGAAGCCAAAUGGAGCGAUCUUCUUUUUGUUACACUCCUGUUUAUCUUUCGUCUGUAUUUCAGGAGGAUUUCUCUCUUCUACAUAUGACAAAUCUGUCUCGACACACUCUUACAGUCCCACAAUUCAGUGCUGUUUGAAGUAUUUGUCUGUUUUUUUUUUUGUCAAUACACAAGCACUCCUAACCUCAUUCAGAGAACCCGAAACUUUCCUCCCGUUUCGUUUUCUUUUCUUUUGAACCCUUUUGUUUUUUAAGUGCCGCUCCAAUGGCCUGUUUCUCUUAGGACACAUGUACUGACGAAAUGAAACAAAACAAACAACACUGGAGUUAUUUUAAUGAUUAUGUUUUGUAUUAUUGUUACAAUUAUCAAUGUUUUCAUUUGAUUGUGAUUGAAUUUGUUUGGUAAUCUAUUCUGUUUAAGUGAAAGUCACGCGGAGCUGCAAGAACAUAAAUGGGGGAAGAACAACCUGUGAAAAUGAACACUCAGUGUUUGUUGUAUACUAAUGUUUUUUGUCGAAAUACUAGCCAAAGGAGCAGAGGGGAGUGAUAACGCUACAGUUACGGAUCCCUCUAUUUUCGUCGAGCACAAAGACAGCGCUCGGGGUUGAUGUACUGGAAACGCUCGCCGGGUCAGCGGGCGAGUUCGAAUCUCACCCUGGCAGAGUGACAGACCUCAUCUCAUCUCAAUCCCUACAUUUGUGGGUUUGUUAUCAAUACAAUGCAAAUGUGUUCGCACAAUCGCCACAUUCUUUUCCUCUCCAUCUUAUUUGUUCGGGAAACAAAGACCACAUUUCUAAGAAAUCUACAUUUUCUGCACGUAUACUUCGUUGACUAUUAUUCUAAUGGCCUUCUUUAUCAGUUCAGCAGAUUUUUGUUGGACUUCCAGGACCAUAUCCCUUUUUUUGGGGGGAGAAUAUUUGAUUUCCAGAGUAUUCAUGCCUAAUUCUUUAUAAUAUUAUUUUGUUGUUUGUGAUUUUAAUCGGAAAGCAUCUUAUUAAUGUUUAUUAAUGUAAGAAGACCGUUAUUAUGUUCUAUAAGCUACAAGCAUGUGAAUGUUGAAGAUGACCAGUGUCAGCGUUCUCAUCACUAACAUUUCAGAUACAGUGAGUCGCAUUAGUGAAGAAGUUCCGACUGGUGUUUCAGGACCAGUGAUGUGGAAUUCAUCGACAGAAUGAGCAUCACCCCCUUUGAUGUUGAUAAGAAAGGAGUUGUAACUGGAGCUUCCAGAACGUAUGCACACAUUUCUUCAACGUGAGGCUGGAUGUGUGUUCAAAUCUCAUCAAAUCAAGUAUUUGUUGUGCAGUUACGUUGCAUUUUAGAUUUCAUGCUAUGAGCCUUAAACCCGCCCACCUCCCCAGCCUUUUUAUUUAAGCCAUUUGUUUUGCUCUUGCCUUUUCUGUAUCAUUUAACAUUUUUCUAUAUGGGAUCGUCACCGGAAACGUGUCAAAAAGAUUGUCUGAAAAUUUGUGUUUAUUGCCUUUGCACAUCUGCUAGACUGACUCUAGAAUUUUUGCUGUUUCUUUAUAACACAGUAAUUAUGUGAAUGACUUCUCUCUCUUCCACACUAGAAGCACAGGGUGAGUAGAAGCACAUUGUAUGCAUUAAGUGUUGCUAUAUUUUUCCAGAUUUUGUUUUCCACUAAAUGUGGUCACUAGGUGAUAGUUUACUUUACGAUUUGAUAUUGGGAGAAAGACCUUUGGCCAUUUUUAAAUGAGCACUACAUUUAGACGGGCUCAUUGCACACAUACACUACUUGUUCAACUCUGAAUUGUAAAUGUUGGUUCUGCUGCAAAUGCAAACGUUGCCCACACAAUGCACCGGUAAAUUCAUUUUUUUAAUGCACACAUACAGGAACGCCUUUCUGUGAUUCAGUCAUGCUAGUUGCACUGAACUUGUUAUGACUGUUCUGUAUCACACAACUCUUACACGAGAGAUUGAUGAUGGGAGAAAUUUGUUUAGCAGAUGCUACUUGUAAAAGUGAAAUAGAAAUGAAAUAAAAGACUAAGCCAAACCAUUUAAAUUAUCAUAAAGACUCAUAAGCUGUACAUUUGUAAUAAAUAAAUAAAUG